CGCACCACUUCACACUUGUUAUGCAUAUGCAUACGUACGAUUGUACACGUACGUUUCAGUAUCAGUAUACCAAAGACCCAUACAACAUAGCGAUAUGUUAAGUCAUUCCUUACUAGUGUAGAUUAUUUUCAAAGUUAUUAACGAAUUAACGUCUAAGCGAGAUUUAGGUGUCUUUUGUAAUUCAAUAGGUACCUAUAAUGGAAGCAGGUCCGGCCAAAAAAAGAAAAACACAAUCAACAAGCCCUCAACCAGUUAACCAUAAUGCACCUAGGUUUGUUAAUUAUAAUACCACAGAAGAACGUCUCAAGUCCUUUGAAAAAUGGCCAAUACCAGAAAUUAAAACACCUAUAGAACUUGCUCAAGAUGGAUUCUUUUAUACAGGACACGAAGAUUUAGUACAAUGUUUUUCAUGUGGCGGUGGCCUUUCGAAUUGGAAAAUAGGCGUAGAUGCUGCUUUCGAACAUGUCAAAUAUUACCCUACAUGCCGUUACAUAAAUGAAAAAGAAGGCGAACACUUUGCGGAUGAAGUGAGAAACACAGUGAAAAAUGAAUAUAAAAUGGAAGAAUCACGCUUAUCAUCAUUUGACGACUUUUGGCCUCAAUCAGCGACUAAAACACCUCAACAGCUGGCAAGAGCCGGAUUUUUCAACACAGGGGAUAUCGACGAUGAAGUUCAAUGCUUCGAAUGCGGUAUCACGAUAAUGAACUGGAAAGCUGACGAUGAUGUCUGGUUUAAACAUACUCGACAGAACCCGAAAUGUGAAUUUGUUUUUAAAGUAAAAGGGUCAAAAUUCACAGACAAAGCGAAUCGAGUUGAGUCAUCGAUGGAGCAACCAUAUCGUACCCAGGAAUUGAUGAAACAACAAACUCGAGAUCUAAGCGAUCCCUACCACGAAAACUAUAAAACUGUUGAACAGCGAAUGGAAUCUUUCAAAAAUUGGCCGAUUCCAGAAAUAAAGAAACCAGAGGAGCUGACUGAAGUUGGAUUUUUUUAUUCAGGAAAAAGAGCACGAGUGGUUUGUUUUCAUUGUAAUGGGGCUCUUAGCGACUGGGCAUCCACUGACGUUGCGAGCGAAGAACAUGCGAAGUGGUAUCCUUUAUGCGCAUUUAUUCGUCAAGUCAAAGGCGAAUCUUUCGUCGAAGCAAUAAAAAAAAAAUUGAGCGACGUUUAUAGUACAAAAGAAGCUCGUGAAAAAUCAUACCGAACUUGGCCAUCGUCAGCAAACAAAGAGCCAAAAGAAUUGUACGAAGCUGGAUUUUUCUACACCAAAAGUGAAGAUUCAGUGCAGUGUUUCGAUUGUGGCUUUUGGUACAUCAACUGGCAAAUCUGCGACGACCCCUGGUUUCUACACGCGAAACUAAACCCUUCUUGCAAAUUCUUACUCCAAAUGAGAGGUGAAACAUUUCUCAAACAAGUAGAACAAGUUUUAGCUUCCAGAAAGAAGGCUAGCAAAAGAACUCGCAGUGCAGACGAAUCUAUAUCAUGUGGAAGUAAUGAUGAUAAUAUUCAAGAACUGAUGAAAUCUUCCGUCGUCCAAACAGUUUUAAAAGUCGGUUUUAAUGAAUCCAAAAUAAGAGUGGCUAUACGAUAUUAUUUGAAAUGCCCGGAAAAGGCCAAAACAGUUAAAAAUUUAUUUGCCAUGAUAAUGAUUGCUCAAAAAAAAGACCCCGAAGUAUUCGCCUGUCUUCUAAACUUGAAAAAAGAAAACGAUCGAUGUGAAAAGGCAAAAAUAUGUAAAUUUUGCUCCGAACAAGGUCCAAUAUCGAUACUUGUGCCCUGUGCACAUCUGCUCAGUUGCUGCCCUUGUGUUGCUAAAAAUUUGAAACGUUGCUUCGCUUGUAACGAAGAAAUCGAGCACAAGUUGGAAAUGUUUCCAAAGUGAUAAAAUUUUGUUUUAAUCUAAGCCAAUUGUUUUUGACGAAUUGUAUAGAUAUUCGAAUCCUAUUAAGUAUAUGAAGUUGACUUUA